AUGGGAAUGUAUUUGAAGCGAGUAGACGUAGCUGACACUCUAGGCUUAACUUCAGUUCUAUUAACGGACAAAAGUGGAGUUUUAACCUCGAAUCAGAUGAAAGUAAUGGAUUUGUGGUUUGAAGAAGAGCUAUUGGACACUAAAGAUCUGAAGACAUCUUCUGAUACCAAGAUAUUGCUCAAGAAUUAUUGUUUGAAGAGGAUUCUGGAGGUGAUCAGUGUGUGUGACAGAGCUCAGGUCAGGUCGCCUAAGAAGACGAGGAAGGUGAAGAAGGAGGACGAAGGAAACUUGACUCCAAAGUGGUCGACUGUGAGCAAACCGGUGAGUUUUGGGUCAAAAAAGUGAAUGGAAAAUCAAUGUUGGGUCAAAAAGUAUAUAGAAAAUGUAUUUUCAGAUCCGCUUUUAUCGUAUUUUACGUAUUUUUUUAUUCAAAACAUAAAUUAUGUUACCUAUUCAUAUAUCACCCAAUAUUAUCCUACCUUUCAGGUCUGUGUCUCUCUCCACCACACUUCCCUCCGCCAGAAGGGUGUCGCUGGCAAAGCGACAGAUGUUGCUCUAGUCAAGUUUGUAGAACAAAUAAUUCCGACCAACGAUCUUCGAGAAAGCUUUGAUAUUGUACAUGAACUUCCAUUCUCAGCCCAACGACGUUUCCAGCUGGUGAUAGCGAGAGAGAAGAAGAUAUACGACAGCGACGAUGAGAGUGACACGAGCAGUGACAGUGGGAAUCAGAUGGCCAGAUUCGUGUUGAUGGUGAAGGGAGCUCCAGAAGAGCUGAUAAGGAAUUGUAGUACUGUCAGGACGAAAGGUGGUACUCAGAAGCUGGAUUCUGAAAAGAUCAGCGAGUUUGAGGUAAAGUCACUGUCAUUUGAGUAAAGUUAUUGCUAUAGUUAAGUGCCUGAAGGUAUAAAUUUUAAUUUUAAACUUCAAAUUUUGAAAUUACCUUGAGCUACUUUCAGAAAACGUACAGCCGGCUGGCUACAGCAGGAAAAAGCUGUAUCGCUUUUGCCGAGAUGGAGUUCAGCGACCUCUGGGACGCCAACUUCAUCGACCGGCACGAUGGAACUCCACUGUACCCGGAGACUGGCUGGUCGUUUCUCGGAAUGGCUGCUAUCUUUGACAAACCCCUCCCAGAGGUGAGAACGGCCGUUCAUCGUGCCAAAGAAGCCGGAAUCAAGUUGUUCAUGGUGACUGGAGAUCACCCCACAACGGCCGAAGCCGUAGCACGUCAAGUCGGGUUCUACGAUGAGGUUGAAGUGGCCAAAGGGUCUGUAGCCAACAGUAGCAGCAGUAGUAGCAGUGAUUGCUCGUCGAGUAUCUCCGGGAAGGCGGUGGAGAUCAUGCACGGUGAUGCGUUGAAUGACCUGAACGAUGUGGAAUGGAAGCGGCUACUGAGUGAGAAGCAUGUCAUCUUUGCUAGGACUACUCCGACUCAGAAGCUACUCAUUAUUGAGGUAAAGGGCAUCAUUUAAAGGGGGGGGGAGGCUGGUAUAUUUUUAUUUUAAAGGGUAUCCACUGUAAUUUCGUAUGAUAAAAGUACUGUAACAUAGCUUUUUGAAAAUAUUUUCAAAAUUUUAUAAUAAUCUUACCGUAACUUUGUUGUAGCAAUGCCACCGUCUGGGAGAAGUGGUCACUAUGACAGGAGAUGGUUUGAUGGACGCUAGAGGUCUGAAGAAGUCUGAUACUGGAAUCGCGAUUGAUGGUGCUGGCUCAGUAUUUGCGAAGGAGGCGGCUGAUGUCGUUACCACAACUGCUGAGCUCUCUACCAUCAUGAAUGCUAUCUCGGAAGGUCGAUUGUUGUUUGACAAUCUGAGGAAGACCAUCGCUUAUACUUUGUCACAUCUUCAGCCAGAACUACUGCCAGUACUAUUCUCGUUUGUACUCGGAUUGCCUUUGGGAUUGACUAGUGUUCAGGUAGGUAUAUGACGGUAUACUAUAUGUUAAAGAACAUACUAUAACAUAUACUGUGGUAGAGGGGCGUAUGGGAGAUGUUCAUAGCUCUAUACUAUAACAUCUGGGUACAAGAUAUACUUGUGUCUUGUAUAUAUGGUACAAGUAAACCUUAACUUCUCUAAAUUAUUGUGCUAUAGCGUACUAUCUUCCAGGUACUGACAGUAGACUUACUGACCGAGCUCCCCCCUUCCAUCGCUUUGAUCUUCGAGCCGGCUGAAAGGGAUAACAUGAAGCGAUUACCUCGAAAAAAGUCCUCACAUCUUGUCACAGGACCAAUGUUAUGGUACUCGUACGUCAUUGCUGGUAAUCUGAUAGGUCUUGGCUGUACUUUGGCCUACUUCACGGUGUUCUGGCAUCACGGAUUCUCGAUCAGCGACGCCUUGUUCACGGUGGAUCAGCAGUGGCUUCCAGAAUCCCAAAAUAUCACAGCUUCAUUCUCUGGCAAAGUAUUCGAUGGGCCUUUGCAGGUCAUGGUAAGCGUAAUAUAGAAGUGGAAAGAACAGUAUUACUAAUAUAUCGUUCACAAUAUAUAUUAUCUAUGGUUAAGUUGGUAUAUGUUUCUCUAGUUACUUAAGUUCAAUGUCAAUCCUACUGUAACAUCUCACUAAACGAAAAAAAACAUACUUUUAUGUACUUCUAGGUACACCAAGAAGCCUGUGCCGCCUGGCAGAUCACAUUAGUCAUGUCGCAGAUACUACACUUGUGGCAAUGUUCAACACGUCGUAUCUCCAUCUUCCGUCACGGUAUCCGCAACUGGAUUCUAGUGUUGGCAGUUACUUUCGAAAUGUCAUUUCUGAUAGGACUGAUAUGUAUUCCAUGGCUUCAACGUCUGGUAGAAGUUCGUCCGCCUCCACUCAUCAUAUGGGUAUACCCAUUAGGUGUUGGUAUAUGCUUGUUGUUGUUCAACGAGGUCAAAAAGUAUUUGAUACGACAAAACAAACACAAAAAGUUGGUGAAGUUGGUCAAAUGGUAG